AUGGUCACAACUAUUAAACAAUUAAUUCAUUUCAAUUCCAUAUUACACUAUGAAAGAUGUUUCAUUCAUUUAAAAAAUGCCUUUCAUUAUUUAACCCCUUCUUAUUCCAUUGAAGAAGUUAACAGUACAGAAAUCAAUCAUCAUAAUAUUCAAUCAGAUUUAUUAUGUUUCGGUGGAGGUUAUGAUUUAGGCUAUUUAAAAUCAUUACAAUUAUCUGGUUGUAUAAAAGUACAUCAUUAUAUUAAAGAAAAAAUGGGUAGAUAUCUUGGUAUUUGUGCUGGUGCUUAUUUUGCUUGUGAUUAUUGUUCUUUUGAUAUGAAUGGUCCACUUGAAGUGUAUGGGGAUAGGCAUAUUAAAUUAUUUCAAGGUAUUGGAUCAGGUCCAAUUUUUCCAGGUUUUCAAUAUAAUACUGAAAAUGGUAGUUAUGCUGUAUCUAUUCAAGCUGUAUCAAAAAAUUUAAUACCACAAACAGCUAUAGUAUAUUACAAUGGAGGAUGUACAUUUGAAUCAGUUAAUUGGGAGAAUUCACAAAUUUUAUAUACAUACUCGGAUAAUGGAAAACCGGCGAUUAUUGGUUCAAAAUUAGGAAAUGGUUGUGGUAUUUUAAGUGGUGUUCACUUUGAAUAUGAUCCAUAUUUAUUAGAAAAGCAACUAUACAAUGUUGAUCCUAAGAAUAAUGAUAAUGUUGCUACCCUAAAGAAUUAUGAAUUUAUUGAAACAUUGAAAACAAAUAAUUCAUCCCGUUUAAAAUUAUUUGAAACUUUAAUUACACUUUUAUUGAAUCCUGAUAAUAAUUCAGUUUUAAUGAAAUAA